CACGAUCCGACUAUUGUAAAUAGACUUGUAUGUUCUGAAUAGAUUUUUGUGUGUGUCUGUCUCAUCUUCAUAGGUUAAGUGAGUGAGUAAGUGAGUAAGUGAGCUGAAGUAUCUCAAGCGGGAUGCGGGAAGCAGACGGAAAGCGCCGAGGUCCUCGCGCUUGACCGCAUCGGAAUGACGAGCUGCAUAACAAUUAACAACUCAUCAACCGCCACUGAUUCAUCGAUGCGUUUGCUCCCUUAAGAACGCCAACCCCCGCACUUCAUCCUCGUCCUUCCCCCUCGUUCUCAAUUGACUUUUGCCCAACAAUCAACAACAAUCCAAUCCAUCCAACAUCACCAUGGCUCUCAAACCCGGAGACUCUUUCCCCUCUGACGUUGUGUUCCAGUACAUUCCCUGGACAGAAGAAAGCGGCGAGAUUACCGCCUGCGGAAUUCCCAUCAACUACAACGCCUCGAAAGAAUGGGCCGAUAAGAAAGUCGUGCUCUUCGCCGUGCCUGGAGCCUUCACCCCCACCUGCUCCAUCAAUCACGUUCCGGGGUACAUCCAGAACCUUCCGCGGCUCCGAGAGAAGGGCGUGGAGGUGGUCGCUGUCAUUGCCUCCAAUGACCCAUUUGUGAUGAGUGCUUGGGGCAAGGCCAACAACAUCAAGGGCGAUGAUAUCCUCUUCCUCUCCGACCCCGAUGCCAGAUUCGCCAACUCCGUCGGUUGGGCGAACGGCGGCCGCACCGGCCGAUUCGCGAUCAUCAUUGACCACGGAAAGGUGACCUACGCACAGAUUGAGACCGAGAAGGGAGUCAAGGUUUCUGGUGCAGACGCUGUGUUGGCUCAUCUGUGAGGAUAGUGCUGUGGAUAAAGCAAGUGAAGAAAUCUAUAGAGAACAGUUUCGUGCCUGCCUCGUGUCAAAAAUUGGAUCUCAGUGGUUGUGGCUCUGUAGUCAUGUAAUUCUGUAAAGAGCAGUCCGUCAACCGCCAUUUGGAUAUGGUUCAAAGCAGGCUUAUACAAUCGAUGAUCCGAG